AUGAAAGUUUUUUUGACAUUAUACUUGUUACAGAACACAGCUUUCCAGCAGAAAGUAUAUCCUUCCAGAUUAAGCUCAAUGACCAUACAUUCAAGAUCCGCAUCAAGUCCUCAUGGAUCUUUAGCUAAAUUGGAACUUAGUGAUGGGAAUAGCUUGUACGCCAAAUUAGUGGUUGGAGCUGAUGGGUCCAAAUCACGAGUUAAGGAUUUAGCGGGAAUAAAUCCAACUGGAUGGAAAUAUUCUCAGAAUGCAAUUAUAUGUACUGUAGAGCAUAUGGAGGAAAACCAUUGUGCUUGGCAAUGUUUUCUCCCUAAUGGCCCUAUUGCACUUCUGCCAAUUGGGGACAAUUUCAGCAAUAUCGUCUGGACAAUGACCCCUGAAGAGUCAUUGAACCGCAAAUCCAUGUCAGAAGUUGAUUUUGUGAGAGAAAUAGAUCGUGCUCUUGACAAUGGCUAUGGCCCACAUCCAAAUUCUCAACUGUUUGGUGGCAGAGCUGCAUUCUCUUGGCUCACUGGAGACACAACAGUAUCCGCCAAUGAGUGUUUUGAAGUUCCUCCCAGAGUGACUAAAGUAGCCUCCGAAAGAAUGGUGUUUCCAUUGUAUCUGAAUCAUGGUACUAGCUAUGCAUUAACACGUGUUGUUCUUAUCGGUGAUGCUGCACACACUGUUCAUCCUUUGGCUGGUCAAGGAGUUAAUAUGGGAUUUGGAGAUGCAUUCUCUCUUUGAAAGGUUAUUGCUGAAGGCAUUGCAGUUGGAUCUGAUAUUGGGGAGGUGUCAUUGCUAAGAGGAUAUGAAUCAGACAGGAGACCUGCAAACUUGACAAUGAUGGCAAUUCUGGAUGGCUUUCAGAAGGCAUAUUCCGUUGAUUUCAGACCACUCAAUGUACUGAAAGCUGCUGCAUUCCAAGGGGCUCAUUAUAUUUCACCAUUGAAAAGGCAAAUAAUCUCGUAUGCAUCUGGUAACCAAGCUUGUACACUCGUUUAAGGAAGGUUCGGAGGAAUGGUCCAAGAAGGCGGUAGAGCUUGAGGAGUCAUGAAGACUUUAGAAGUAAGUUCUAUUUGUAAUUUAUUUAUCCAACAAUGGCGAAUGAUGCACACUACACUAAUUCCUCUUCU